GCGUGGAAAAAAACCCCCAUCUAUUCUUUUUCUUUCAUUCGAAACCCUUUUUCCAUACGAUCCCCUUUUUUAUCGCGUGUUUCGUUACAAAAUACUGCAUCCAUAUCAUCGUUUUACGUUGACCUAGAAUCGGGAAAAGAACAAGAUAUCGUACAUUAUUCCGUGGAACAUAACGCCAUAAGACGUCUUGCAUCAGUUCAUGCGCCAGUAAUCGUUCUUCUUUAUUCAAUGGGCAACGCGUUCUCACUGAAGCCCCCCAAAGAGCAGGAUCAGUUCAGCGAUACAUGGUCUUUCCGAAACAAACAUGUCCCCAAGCAUUUGCGCCCUAUCAAACCGAGCCGUAAACUGCAGCGCAAAUGGGAAGCCGAGAAGAGUGAGGUGAAACCCGACCAUAACGAGGGACUGCCGAAUCAACGUGCUGUGACUGAAGAGAAAGAAGAGUUGCGACGGAUUUUUCGUGGUUUGCCACAAGCGAGGACCGGGCCUGAAAUCGACGAAGAUAACGAAGCCAUCUUUUGUAAAAGCGAGGCAUUUUUGGGGUCAGGUCCACGUGGAGCCUUUCGAUGGUUCAAAGGCCGACGAUAUCAAUACCAAAAGGGACAGCUUUAUCCUUAUCCAAACGACGACGCAGAAUUAGAUCGACAGCGAGUAUUGCAUUAUAUCCUGCGAUGGGCUUUUGAAGGCAAUGUGGUCGCUCCUGUGGAACGGCAACUACAGAUUGGUAUUAAUGUAUUGAGCGUCGGAUGCGGACCGGGCAUGUGGAUAGGACAUCCGGUUGUUGAUAUGGCGUUGGAUUACCGUGCGUCUAAAUUUGUAGCGGUCGAUGUGUGUGAUCUAUUGCCAUCAGAAACCCUUUCCUACGUCGAUGACAUCCCAAUCACCCCUUUUUACUACAGGAAGAGCAACAAUACCUCAACAGCUAAUAAUACAGCUACUUCUUCUUGCGAAUGUCUGCACCAUUGUUCAGCAGCUAAUAAUCAUACCGACUUUAUGCCUAUUCAUCCUAGUCUUCAUACGGCGAUGCAGCCAACCGCUGCUAUCCAACCCUGCUCGGGAGAAUCGGCUGCUUCAAGCCCGCUAUCUACCAGUUCACGAUGCUAUCACGUUCCCAGCCUCCAUUCACAGAGCGAUGAUAGUCCGUCCUGUUCAUGCAUGAGUCCGUUGGACACUUCCUCGUCCCAUUCUACUUGUACCACCUGCCGUUCAAGUGUCCCCGACACUCCGCGACCAGCCAAACAGGUGUUUGGAAACCUCGACUUUCACAUUUUGAAUGUGACCGAGCACCGUUUACCGUUUCCUGACAACUCGUUUGAUCUUGUUGUACAGCGACUUUGCACAGUAGCCUACACACUGUCGGAUUGGCAACAUGUGGUGUCGGAAAUGAUCAGAGUCACCAAGCCCGGAGGUUACAUUCAGCUCAUGGAAAUUGAUUACCAAACCCACCAACUGGGACCUCAAGCCGCGGUAUUUGCAUCGCAAAUGCUGGAUACUGUGCGUCAAAAAUGCCAUACCGAACCGAGAGUCGCUAUCGAGCUAACAAAAUUUCUGCAACAAGGAGGAUUGAAAGACGUCGACUCACGCCUUGUCUCCAUUCCUCUUGGUCCGUGGGGCUUAGAUAUCGGAACACUAUGGCAACAAAAUUACGAGUCUUUCAUCGAAGUCAUGCGCCCCUUCCUCACCAACAUUAUGGGCAUUUCAUCUGCAGAGUACGAAAAACUGUGGGGUUACAUCCUCACCGAAAUACACAACGGAAGGGCAUUCAACAAUAUCCAUGCGGCCUGGGGUCGCAAGCCCUAAACUCCUGUCCUAAAUUAUUUAUUUCAUCUCAUUCAAUGAGCACAGAUCAGAAGUAUAUUAGUGUGGGUGUGUUCGCCCGUAAUGACAUAUGCAUUAAUUUUAAUAAAGAACCAAAUAUACCUUGAGC